CGGAGCCUAGUCUAGGACAGGGGCGGCGGAGUUGACCAAUGGGGUGAGCGUGAGCUGAGCGCUCCGGGCCGGGAAGCUGAGGCCAGGCUGCAGGUUGCAGAGGCGAAGGGAAGCGUCGCAUUUCUGCCAGAAGCGCAGCUGAGAGAGGCGCGCGCUGUGUCAGCCAAACCGCUGCUCUGUCUUGAGGGAAGACGCGCGCAAGCAACUUGCUAGAAAACCGAAGCGAAAUGCUGUACGGCACUGAGGAGCAAGUUCGCUCCCUGGAGGGUAGCCUCUGACCUUGUGCCGCAGAAGACAGUAGCAGUUGUGUGAGCGGCGAGAGAAGGCGGAAAGAACGCGGACAGCAGUUGCAGGAGGGGUUGGGCUGGAUUGGCUGCGUUCAGCAAAGAGGAUUUGUUUUACUGUUCCUGCCCCGGCUUAUGGGAGUGCAGACCUGGGCAGGGAAGACAUACUGCAAUGAUCCAGAAAGUCUAAUCCUCUACUGUUUUGGUGAUGGAGCUGAAGGUUUGGGUGGAUGGUGUCCAGCGGGUUGUAUGCGGCGUCUCGGAUCAGACUACAUGCCAGGAGGUUGUCAUAGCAUUGGCACGUGCCAUUGGUCAAACAGGUCGGUAUGUCCUCAUCCAAAGAUUACGUGAGAAAGAGAGACAGCUUCUCCCGCAUGAAUGCCCUGUAGAGUCUAUGGCCAAGUGUGGACAGUAUGCCAAUGAUGUGCAGUUCUUACUGCAGCGCACAGGCCCCAGCCUCACAGAGAGACCUUCUUCAGAUAGUGCUCCACAGGUACCCGAGAGGACGUUUGUCAGGGCUAGCCUGCCCAUCAAACCUAGGCCAGUCGGCACAGAAGUGCCCAGGCCCAGGCAGCCCAAAAAAUCCUUAACCUUCAGCUUGGGUCCUGUGGCCUCCAGUGACCUGCUUGCAAAGAACAAGCUGAGGCAGCACAGAAAGGACAUUGUGGCCUUGAGGGAUGGUGCCAGUGGGGGACGACUUUCCAAAGAGGAGCUGUUCAAGACUGUACUGCACCAACAGGAGCAUCUUUACUCCCUGGAGAUGCAGGGGGAUGCCUUGGAAGUGGAUCUCAGGCACUGGGAAUGCAGCAGAGGCUCCUGCCAAGAGGGUGAGAUCCUGCAUCUGGAGCAGCUGAUUCAGCAAAACGAGAGUGAGCUGAGCGAGGAAGAAUUUUGGCAGAGUGAACUGCACACAGAGAAAGAGUGUGAAAGGGAGCGGCAAGAGAAAGUGCGCACCCUGCAGACCACCAUGGAAGAGUACAUGCAAAAAAUACAUGAACUUAGGGUGAAAACUGAGGCCUUGGAGAGAGAAAUCCAGCGGGAAAUGUCUGAGAGGGCCAAGAGGGCAAAGGAAGCCUCUUUGCAGAGCCCUGCUGAACUAGAGGAAAUGGCAGCUAAAAUGAAAAGGGACCUGGAAGCUAGGAUCAAGCAGAGUGCCCUGCUGGAGAACAGCCUGGAGACUGUGGGGAAGGCCUUGGAGGAGGCAGAGCAAAGCCUUCAGGCCCAGAACAAAGAGCUGGAGGAGCUAAACAAGGAGCUGAGGCAGUGUAACUUGCAGCAAUUCAUUCAGCAGACGGGAGCCACAGUGAUUGCGCCACAACACAGAUCAGAGGUGGAACCUCAGCUGGAUCAAACUAGCCCUGAGCUGCUGGCUGAGCAGAGAAACAGAGAUCUGCUUGAUCUCAGCACAGAUUUGCCUCCCAGAGCCACAGCCAAGCAGUUCCUCGGCAAUCCACGAAACCUUCAGAACCCCCUGGUAUCCAGCUUGAACCCUGAGGUCAUAUCAACAAAGCAGAGCAUCUGGAGGUAAAAAGGCCAGCCAAGGAGGACUAAUUGCCUUGCAAGUAUACCUAUUUAGAAAUAAAACCCUAUUUCAUGUAUGUAUUUGACUUUUUAUCACAAAUGGAUGGAUGUAGAUGGUUGUGCAAAAUAUUUUUACAGUUUUUUUAAAAAAAGAACUCAUUGGAAGAAACAGAAUGGUUGUAUUUUUUAAAUCUGUUUUGUUAUAGUUUAAAAUGAAAAUGCUGUUUGUGGCUUCUCUCAAAAUUUAUAUAACCUUUGUAUUUAAAACAUCACAUAAUGAUGCUUAGGACUAAAUAGCAACUGCCCUGGAAGGGUAUGAAACCUAGUAGGGAUGUCCUGUCCAAAGCACAUAGCAGUGAGUCCUUUAUGUCCAUUCUGAAGGUUAUACUGCAAGCUACAACUGAACAAUGAAGGGGUAUUUUACCAGCCAGACCCCUUUUACUGGACCGCAUCAACACACUGUAGUGCUUGUGUGUGUGUGUGUGUGUUAACAACAAUUUUUAUCUUGUACGUUUGGUAUUUUGUGGAGAUACACUUUUUUUUAGUUGGAAUGGGAGAAAUAAGCUGUUCUGUUCUUGGUGAACAUUUGCACAUGAAGAAAUGUUGCUCUGGAACAGCGUUUGUGGCCAUCAACAGGUCCCAUUCUUACUAAGGACCUUUCAGAUCUGGUAAAAUGGGAUUUAGGUGCUAGUGUUGUCUUGCCAUCGUGCCUCAUGCCAAGUAUUGCAUCAUCUACUUUUACACAAAGACAAUUAACUUUCUUUAUCUGAUAUAGAUAUAUUUCUGUAUAGUUUUGUGAAAGACUAUAUAAUAAUUCUUUGUUCUAGACUGUUCCAAAGCCACCAUUGUAAAAGUAUAUUUGGAUGAACAAGAGAUCAGUCCUAUGAAGCAACAGUGCAACACUGCACUUCAAAUGGCUUAUCCAUAGUAGCCUCUACUUUGAUAAAAGACAAAAUGCCAUUUGGAGGGAACAUGCUCUGCAAAUUCAGGUUUUGGUAAGGGGUGUGGCUUAAGAUGCUAAGUUAUCUGCUAUAAAUUAAAGAUAGGAAGCCUAGGUCUCUACCCCUUUUCACUUGAUCCAUCCCAGUGCCCCACACCUAUUUAUUUGGCCUCAAUCUGCAGUGGGCAUCAGCUGAUUGUGGACUCCCAGCUGAUGGAGUUCUGUGGUGGCAGGGAGGAGAGAAACAUAAAGCAGCAGUGAGCUUAUCUUUCCAUUCCCAUUCACAACAGCAAUUUUUCUUCAGUGUUAUACAGGCCAUGCUGCUGAGCUUGAUGCAGGGAAAGAAGAGAACUGUGUGUGUGCGAGUGAAAGAGAGAGAGUGCAUGUGAAUAGGAGAGCAAGAGCACAUAUAUGCAUGCUGGAGGGUGGCAGUUUGCCAGUUUAAAAAUUGGUAAUCUGGUUGCUGAAAGGGAGAAAAUUCUUCCUACUCUUGUCUCCAGUGCUUUUAGUUGGUAGCUUCUUGUAUUGUUAAUAUGUCUUUUGACUAUGUGACCAGACCUCAGAGUAGACUGUGAAGCUGAAUGUGCCAUUCCCAAUUCAAUAUGAACUUCAAUGUGGGCAUGCAAUAUGUUGCUGCAGUAUAACUACUGUUUCCAACAGUCUCUUUCUCCAGCUAAGCUUUUUUGUUUUUAAUGGAAGUCUUUAAACAAGUUAAUUGCCUUCCUUUCCCCCCUCCCCAACAGUACUGAUGCCAUCCAUGGAGAAGUUUCACUCGCAAAGUGGCAUUUUCUGAUUUUAGCACCUCACACUCAUGCUGGCUAUUCAGAAGCCUAAGAAAAGAAGGAAUGGUAGCAGCACUGCUCCACUAAAGAAUCCAGGCUCCUUCCCUUUGCAGAACUGAUCAUACUUUAUAAAUAUCAGUGGAAGCAUAGAGAUAUAUGGAAGAAACUCAUCUUGUUAAAUGUUCAGCAUUCUAGGCAGGGCCCCCAAACUACCAAUUACUAUGUUAGAACAGAAUUCCCAAAAUAAUCUGCUCUUCAGGCAGACUUGCAAUCUGGUCUUCUGUUUUUCUAUCAUCUUAACAUCUCAGACAUGGAUGGAAUGCAAUCAUUUCUCCUUGUUCGACAUAUUCUGUACUCAUAAAUCUUCUGUUCUGCAUAACUGUAAAAAUAAGAACAAAAAAGGUUGAGACAUUUCUUGGGUUCAAUGGUGAAAGGUGCAGCCAAGAGAGAGAACUAGUUAGAAAAUAUUUCAACAUGGUUUUCCUGUUCUUUUUCUUAAUACUUGUUUUGCUGCUUAAUUUUUAAAAAGGUAUUGUUCAUUUUACCAGGUCUGAAUGGAAGCCCAUCCUUCUUCCAUUAUAGAGAAAGGAAUUACAACCAGAAAAUUAUUCUAACACAGUAAUUUUUUUUACUAUCACCUUGAGUUGCAAACCCUGCUUACAAAUAUUAAGAAACAUGUUCCAUAUUUCCUAGACUGUAGUGCCCUGGGGGUGGGGCGGUGGGGUUAGUGGUCUUGUGUUGGUGAAUGAGACCAAAUAGAAUCCCUAUCAUUUUUGCAGGCUUGAUUCUGUUUGAUAAACUAUUAUUCCCAUUCCCAAAAUGUGUGAUGGAAGCUGCUUUUUAACAGCUGCAUGUUGAAAUGUGAUAGAGGAAAUGCAAUAACAAUUACUGGUAGCAUUUCUUGCUGAACUCUUUUAUUUGGCCAGUGAAGGUGCAAGUUUUGUGUCUAUUUAUAUUGUCCAAAAUUGAUGUGUGUUCUCAUUGUGAAACCAAGAGAGGCAAGCAUGGGAGGGUUUAAUGGUUGUUUGACUGGGAGACCCUGAAUCACUCUGGGAGCCCUGAUCUUGCUUUAAAAUGUCCUUUGUGUAUCACAUAUAAGAAAUGUGACUCAUUUUCUGACUUGAAAAAAAAAAAAAGUUCCAUGUAUGAAUGUAUAUCCCAUGCGCUAAUGUCAUUAUCUGGUUUCAAAUUGUAAUAAAAUUCCUGAAAAUAA